AUGUGCUUGAAGGCCGAGAUCGAGGAUGCAUCUGUGAUGACAAAGGCGGACUUCUGUCACGAGUAUGAUAACCGCAAGUGCGAAGGGAUGGGCAGGGGCUGGUCCUCCGCUAAGAAUCUGGAUGAUGGGCUCUUCCGUGUGGCUUGCGCCUUGGCAGUCCUUUGCGUCGCGGAGGCUGCCAAAUUGAAGUCGUUGGGCACCACCGUCGGACAAGCAUUGCAGCAAUCCCUUUCCGAGCAGAGUACAGCCACCGAGUAUCGCUUGUCUGAGGAGGACAUCCAGUACGUGCUGAGCCAGGCCCGAGAGGCGAAGCGCAUCCGGGUGAAGGAUCCGGCCACGGGCGAGGAGUACGAUGACGUCUUCGUCAACGAGACGCUGGACGAUGAAGAGAGCAGCGGGAGCAACAUCUGCCAGCAGGAAGGUGAGAGCUUUACGCCCUCCGUCGCCAUCUUGCAAACCGCACAGCGCCUUGCGGAAAGCGAAAUGGGGGCGCUGCUCUCGGCCGCGGUCUCCGCCUACGUCGACCUUUCGGAGUACUUCGGCCAGGAGCUCUUCCACAUGGAGGCACCAGUGGGCUCGUCGGAACCGGUGGAGGAGCCGCAUGGCGAGAAGCUCGUGCAGCUGUCGGAGGAGUGGUCGGCGCAGCUGAACGGCGCCCUGGCUGCCAGAAGCAGGACGCCUUGCGCCAACAGCCCAGAGUUCUUGCUCUUUUGCAUGAAGAAGACCACCUGCUUGCUGGAGCACGCCGUGGAGCAGGACCCCCACUUGCUGACCCCAGGACGCAUGGCGACCUACCUCGAGGUGGCGAAGGAGGUGCAGGACCACUACGAGGAGUUUGCAAUCCAGGCCAAGCUGGGGCUCCCCCACAUACCGGAGCUCUGCGCCGAAGAGGAAGCGAGCCUGGAGUUCCCUGGAAACGCCCUGCUGCAGCUGAAGUCUGAGAGCCAGGCAGCCAGUGACGAGAGGCUGAGCCGCGCGGUGGCCGCGGUCACCCACACCCACUGGGCCUCCAUGCGGACUGUGCAGGCUCUAUCGGACCACUCCAAGCUGCACCUGCUCGAGGCCUCCUUCUUCACCCGCACCUGGAAGAAGGCGUGCGAGCUGAUUGGGUGCAGGACCACGUCCUUCGUGGACAUCAUGGAUGCGUCUGCGGGCCACACGGCAGAGCUGGUGGAGGUGAAGGCAUCCUGGCAUGCAGUGCGCACCCACCAUUUGGCCUUCAUGCAGUGGCGGACGGCAGUCUGGGGUGCCAUGAAUGCCAGCUCGGCCUUCCACGAGAACUUCAGCCAUUUCAUCUAUCAACCAGGUCGGACCAAGGGCGCCAAACGCACCGACCCCAUCUAUAAGGAGGCUGGCGACGUCAUGUCCACGGCCCUGGCGCUGAAGCGAAACGAUGACAAUGGUGAGAACAUCAAGAAGAGUAGCUGGUGGUGCCUUAGUUUCCGGGCCAGUGCCACAGGAGCCUAUGGGAAGAAAUUCCCCUCGCCUACGGCGCAGUGGGGAGUGGUGACUGGCUUUAAGCUGAUCACAGGCAGCACAGCAAACCUUCUGAAACUGCUACAGGGCCAGUCUCCCGUAUCAAGCUUGUCUAUCUCCGUCGGCCUCACCAUCGGCUUCGUCCCAAACAUGCCGGGUGUUGGAGGUGUCCGUGCUGGAGUCUCUGUGGGUGGCACGGUGUCCAUAAGCCGGACGAGCAACGCCUUCAGCAUCUCCCUGGGGCUUGGUUUUAGUGCAGCCACCGGGCACGUCCAUCACGUGUUCUGUGGGGGUCCGCCGACGAUUGGUCUCUUCGCAUGCGGCGGCAGCGUCGCAGCCGCUUUUACCAUCUUCUGCAAGGAGUUCAACUUCCUGAAUGGCGACAACGGUGCUCCGAUCGAUGAUCCCUGCGCCACGAAGAAUAAGGUGUACAGGCAGAACCACCGCCGACGCCGUCGGCACCGGUAUGACAUGCCUGGACAAGGGCUAACCACGGAGGAGACAGCGCAGCAUUGCCGCGAGCGCUGCAACCAAGUGUCAGGCUGCGCUCACUACACUUUCUGGCCACACAAUGGGCACUGCCGCAUGCAAGAUCGUGAUUCCAGAGCGGAAGGCGCGCGGCGCCGUGCCAGAUCCGGCCCGCCGACAUGCUGCGCAGUUUCCGGGGCAAAAUACGUGGAAAACCACCGCCGCCGCAGGAGAAACAAGGAGGACAUGCCCGGCACAAGGAAGAGGAAAGUGGAUGCCUACGAAGAUUGCAAGAACCGGUGCAAGAGCACGUCUGGCUGCAGCCACUUCACUUUUUGGCCAAGUCGGAACUGCCGCCUCACUAGCCGAGAUGCUUCUACCAGGCAGGUGACCGGCAGAAGACGCCCGGUCGCGUCCCCGCGAGACUGCUCAGCAUAG